UUGAAUAGCUUGAUAUAUUAUACUGAAGGUGACUGAGUCUAUAGUAUAUUGGACUCCACGUUACUAAAGAAGUGAAAUAAUUGAACAUUUUGUUUCACAAUUCCUCUGUUUGGAUAAGAAGUUACUUUUAAUAUUAAAGGUUGGACGUUUUGGGGUUUGAUAAUCAAUACAGCAACCAUAAACAGUAAUCACAAUGGGUGAGUGGCAAAAUGGACUUUUCGGGUGUUUCUCAAACUGCGGGGUUUGCAUCAUGACCUACUUCCUGCCUUGCGUCACUGCCGGCAAGAACGCAGAGGCCGUCGGCAAGGGCUGCUGCCUGUGGGGAUUCCUGUCCAUACUUGGACCUAUCGGCAUCUACACCCGGGCUCAAGUCCGUCAGCUGAUCAGAGAACAAAAAGGAAUUGAUGGGUCGUUCGGGAUGGAUUGCCUCAUGCACUGGUUCUGUGGUCUGUGCUCCCUUAUCCAGGAAGCCAAUGAACUCGGUGCCGCUCAAGCGCAGUCCAUGGCUCGCGAAUAAACAGGGAACCAGCAUUGCAAUCACGUGACUUCAACAGCCAAUCACAUUGUUUCGUCAUCUAUUUUUAGACGUUUAAGAAGACAGACUAAAUAAAGUGUUUAGAUCCGUUUAAGAUAUGAAAAGAAAAACAUAUAAUGUUAAAAAUACAAACAGUAUUCCUCAUUAUUCAUUUGAAAUUGAAAAAAAGACAAAUCAUAUUUUAUUAUUGCUCUCAUUUGAAACAUUUUGCCUUUAAGAUUAAGCUCUGUGAUCAAAUACCAUACGAAAUUGCAACUGUUUUUAUGUCCCAAUUUUAUUUUAAUUAUACAAUGUAUUAACAAUAUAUGUGUAUAUACCUGUACCAGAACGUUUUACUUGUGUGAUUAUUUCUCAUGUUUUUAAACUGUUCAACUUUUAAAAUUAUUUCUGAUACUUUUUAAAUAAAACGUAUAAAAGAAA